AUGGAAUUCUUGUUAUUGAUACGGGAGGAAAUAUACCAGGAAAAACAAGCGCGGGUACGAAGUGGUCCUGACUACUCCACAAGACCGUCGUUCAAAGCUGCCCGCGAUGUCCUAGAAAGUAGUUAUAUCCUUCUGCAAGACUCGGGGCCCUUCCGCCAAUAUACGUGGCUAUUUAAAACUUAUACCCAAUGGUAUGCUCUGGCCUACGUUCUCCGCUGUCUCUGUACGAGUCGCCGCACUCUAGAAAACGACCGUGUCUGGGACCUAGUUAACGAUAUCCUGCAACGCGCUACUAACUUUGACCCGUCUUCGAAUUCUUGCGCCACAAUCGGCAAUAGUAGCAUCUGGAGAUGUCUCUGCUCACUCCGAGCCCAGGCUUUGUCUGCCCGACUAGCUCAGCACUCACCUACGGGCUCUGACCCUUUGCCUCCUCAUCUUGGCUCAAACGAGGUCAACACAUCGAAUGACAAUUUUCAAAGCCAGGAUCGCAAUAUCACACAGCACGGUCAAAAUCCUUCAGCUACAGACAAGAACUUGCCCAUCAAUAACCCAGUUUACUUCGACGACCCAAUUGAACAGUCCUUUGAGUGUUUUGCUGAUACUCAGCACGGUCUCUUCCCAACCUCAUCUCUAUUUGAUGUCCCUUGCGUUCCUGGAUGGAAUGCCGUCAUCAAUGGUAUUCUGGACGACGACUACUUCUAG